AAUGUAUUAACUAUGAUAUAUUUUGGAGUCGUGUAUAUAUCAGUAUCCAUCCCACUCUCACAAAAAUUUUUCAGAUUUCACUAUCAUUAUCACUAACAAAACAGUCCUCACUAUUACACUUACACCCAUUAACACCCCACUAAUGAGUAUUGUAUUACCAUCUGGUUCAGCUGAACCAUUCACUGCCACCGCUAAGUAUACAGCCCCUGUUCGUCGUCCUGUCGAACCGGUUGGUCGUUUCUUUUUAGCUCAUGCUUCAAGAACUUUAAGAGGACAUACUUGGUCAGAAUUUGAAAAGUUAGAAGCCGAAAAGAAUGUUAAGAAAGUCGAAGAAGAUGAAGAUCUUGAUCUUGGAGAUGAAGAACAAUCUGCUGAAUUAUUAGAACAUGAUCCAAGAGAAUGGAAAACUGCUGAUCUUUAUGCUGUAUUAGGAUUAUCUCAUUUAAGAUUUAGAGCUACUGAAGAUCAAAUUAGAAGAGCUCAUAGAAAACAAGUUUUAAAACAUCAUCCUGAUAAAAAAUCUGCUAGUGGAGGUUUAGAUCAAGAUGGAUUUUUUAAAAUUAUUCAAAAGGCUUUUGAAGUCAUGUUAGAUUCAACUAAAAGACAACAAUAUGAUUCUGUUGAUGAAGGUGCUAAUGUAUUACCUCCAGCUCCAAAAUCUAAAUAUGAUUUCUUUGAAGCUUGGGGUCCAGUAUUUGCAAGUGAAGCAAGAUUUUCUAAAAAGCAACCAGUACCUCAAUUAGGUAAUUUAGAAACUUCUAAAGAAGAAGUUGAUGCCUUUUAUGGAUUUUGGGGUAAAUUUGAUUCUUGGAGAACUUUUGAAUUUAAAGAUGAAGAUGUUCCUGAUGAUACUGCUAAUAGAGAUCAUAAACGUUAUAUUGAACGUAAAAAUAUUGCCUCUAGAAAGAAGUUAAAACAAGAAGAUAAUAAAAGAUUAAUUGAUUUAGUUGAAAGAGCUCAUGCUGAAGAUCCAAGAAUUAAAUUAUUUAAAGAAGCUGCUAAGAAGGAAAAGGAACAAAAGAAAUGGGAAAAGGAAGCUGGUUCAAGAAAAGCUGCUGAAGAAGCUGCUGCUAAGAAAGCUGCUGAAGAAGAAGCUGCUAAAAAGGCUGCUGAAGAAGCUGCUGUUGCAAAGGCAGGAUCUAAAAAGGCUAAAGAAGCUGCUAAAGCUGCUAAAAAGAAACAAAAGAGAAGUAUUAGAGGUGCUCCAAAGGAUGUUGAAUAUUUUGGUGAUGCAUCUAAUGCCACACAAAUUGAUGGUGAUAUAGAAAUUUUAAUUGAAAAAUUAGAUGAUGUUCAAUUAGCUGAUGUUGCUACUAAAGUUACUGGUACUGAUGCUUCUACUGUUAAAUCUGCUAUUAAUUCAGUAGUUUCUGAUUUAAUUGCUGGUGGAAAGCUUGAUGGAUCUAUUUUGAAAUACUUUGGUAAAUAAAUAAAUAUGUAAGUAACUAACU